UCGAUCGAACACAAAGAGCUCAUCACAUCUUUCUAGUUCACCGGCCGUUGUCGAGAUGAAGCCCGCCGCGCAGCCGGUCACCGGCGUCCCCGUCGGCGGCGCCCCCGCCCCAGCCGCCUGGUCCUCCGGCCUCUUCGACUGCUUCGACGACUGCGGCCUCUGUUGCCUGACGUGCUGGUGCCCUUGCAUCACGUUUGGCAAGGUGGCGGAGAUCGUGGACAGGGGCUCGACGUCGUGCGGCACCAGCGGGGCGCUCUACGCGCUGCUGGGGUCGCUCACGGGGUGCCACUGGAUCUACUCCUGCACGUACAGGUCCAAGAUGCGCGCCCAGUACGCGCUCCCGGACGAGCCCUGCUGCGACUGCUGCGUCCACUUCUGCUGCGAGACCUGCGGCCUCAUCCAGCAGUACAAGGAGCUCAAGGCCCGUGGCUACGACCCCGACAUUGGCUGGCACCUCAACGUCGAGCGCGGCAACGGCGGCGCCGGUGUUGGCGGCGUCAACCCGCCCGGCAUGCAGGAGAUGGGCCGCUAGAUCGUCAAACUCUGCCGUACGUGUGGGUGGAGGAUCGCUCGAGCAAGUGUUCCAGGUGCUUGGUAAGUUAUUGCAUAGUAGUACGUACUUGUAGCUUUGUUAAGUUCCGAAUGCAUGUGGUGCGGUGGAGGAGUAUGUUGUAUUGGAGUACAUGGUGAUGUGAUAAGUUGCUGUCAGGAGUGGGAGGAGGAGCAAGCGGACAGGAGUAAUGCCACGAUGCAUUUUGUUCAGUGUACUGUAUAUUUGUAUUUAUUCAUCGUAUUGUAUAUUUGUACAAAUAAAAUCGAGCAAACGACGGGAUCACCGUACUUUUA